AUCGUUGAUUCCAACUAAAAUCUGUGUGAUAUAGUAUGAUCCAUUUAGGUAUGUACUCAUGAAUAUUCAUAUGAGCAGGAUAGUCAGAUUGCUCACACAUAGCGCGAUCUCAAUUAGGAAUGACAACGAGACAUGUUUAGGACGGGUAUCUCGGUACCUAUACUAUCCCCACAACAGGUCGGGUACAUGUAAGAUAAUUUAUCAUAAGGAAUGAGUCGGGACAGGUCGACCCAUAUGUGUAUUUAGUUUAAAAGGAAACCAUAAGAAUUAUUCAUUUGCCAUUGAAAAACAAAGAAACAAACUAUAAUACGAUAAUCGGUAGUUAAAUUAAUUGAGAAAUUGAGGUUCUCACCUAUUUACAAUUUCAGUAGAGUUAAAAUACGAGGUAAUAAAAGCAAAAUUCUAAGUAGUUUGAGUAAAAUUACAUGUAAUUUAGGCAGAAAAACAGAUGGAGAAUGAGAGUAUGAGACGAGUCAAGACAAGUCAGAGCGAAAAGAAUAACCAUGCCAAACUUGCCUAUGAAAUGAGUAUUUCUCGCCCAAAAUAAAUCAAAUGAAACGGGUUAGGUCGAAAUUGUAAUUCCUCGAAUUGAACGAACUGGAAACGUUUCGGUGGUGGGCUGAAAGAGUGAAAGGAUUUUGUUUUUCAUUGAUGGGCUUUUAUUACGGCGAUGGUUCAGCCCAGCCCAGCCCAUCAGAAUGUUCAAACCCACAAAACAAAGUACAGCAUCGUCUUUCUACGUAUUAUUAUUAGCUAUUAGAAAUACAUACGAGACAGCUCAGGCCCGCAUGCCAAAUUGUUUAUUCCCUCCUUCCUCCUCCCCUGUUUUGGAGCAAAGCAUGGGGAGGAGCAAAGACAAAUCUCGAGCUCAUUCAGUCUCCUCCUAUUCACUACUCCACGCUUCAGCCUUGGGGAAUGGAGAUCACACAGUUCACUUUAAUCCUUCCCCUUACUUUCUUUCUCUCAUUAUUGUUACCACUCCUCUCUUAGACUCUUACCACUACUAAUCUCCCACUAAUUAAUUCUCAUUUGCUUCUUCUUCCCUUCUUUCCUCCUCUGUAGUUCAGCCCUCUCUACUGCUAAUUCAUCUCUCUCCUCCUUCCUUCCUUCCUCUUCCUUUCUUUCUUCUUCUCUCCUGAGCCACAGCCACCCUAAAUUUACUAGCGGGUAACCAAGAGCUCUAAGCAGUAAGCAGAGCCCCAUUUAUUGCAUUUUCCCCUUUUCUUGACUACCUCUCUGUUUCAGAGAAAACUGCCCCCAAUCUCAGCUUUCUUCCUUUUAUAGACAAUCAAUCAAUCUGGUUUUGCCUAUUCAACUCAACCAUACCCAUUUACCCACAACAUGCGUUUGUCCCUCUGCAUGUGUUCCUCUGUACUUUGAGCAAGAGAGAAAGAGAGAAAGAUUCAAGAAAGGAGAAAGGGGGGAGCUUGUUUCUGGGUAUUGGUUCUUUCUUGCUUUCUGGGUGUGGUUCUGUAAGAAAAGAUGGGGGCGAGUGCGCAGCUGCAGCAGCAACUCAGCCACAUCCACAACCAGCACCUGCUGAAGGUGUACGAGAAGCAAAUAGGGCCCAAGAGAGCAUUUUUCUCUGUUCAGGCGUACAGGCAUUGGCUCUCCAAGGCAUUCGUGGCGUGGGUCUUGGGGACUUGCUGCAUCGCUCUCUGGAUUUACAAUUACAUGGACGAGGACAGCAAAUUGAGGAGGAAAGAGUUGCUGGAGAGCAUGUGCGACCAAAGGGCUAGAAUGUUGCAGGAUCAGUUCAUCGUCAGUGUGAAUCAUGUCCAUGCCCUUGCCAUCCUUGUUUCCUCUUUCCAUUACUUCAAGAACCCUUCUGCCAUUGACCAGGCAACGUUUGCUGAGUACACUGCCAGAACAGCAUUUGAACGGCCAUUGCUGAGUGGGGUCGCUUAUGCAGAAAGGGUGCCCAAUUCUGAGAGGGAAGAAUUUGAGAGGAAGCAUGGUUGGACCAUCAAGACAAUGCAAAGGGAGGCUUCCCCCAUUCGUGAUGAGUAUGCACCAGUCAUAUUGUCUCAAGAAACUGUCUCUUACAUUCAGUCCAUCGAUAUGAUGUCCGGGGAGGAGGACAGAGAUAACAUACUACGAGCUCGGUCCACAGGGACAGCCGUGAUUACAGGUCCUUUCAGGUUGCUUGGAUCCCAUCAUCUCGGUGUAGUGUUGACAUUCCCGGUUUACAAGUCCAAGCUCCCCCCAUCUUCCACAGAACAGCAGCGUAUCGAAGCAACUGCAGGAUAUCUUGGUGGUGCAUUUGAUGUGGAGUCCCUAGUGGAGAACUUGCUUGGACAACUAGCUGGGAAUCAAGCGAUUCUGGUGAAUGUUUAUGAUGUGACCAACUCAUCCGAUCCGUUGAUCAUGUAUGGUCAUGAGGAUCAGGCAGGUGACAUGUCACUUGUUCUUGAGAGUAAACUUGAUUUUCGGGAUCCAUUUAGAAGGCAUAAGAUGGUUUGCAGAUAUCAUGACGAUGCGCCAUGGAAUUCGUCAGCAAUCGUCACAACAAUAUUAUUCAGCAUGACGGGUAUAUUAGUUGGCUACAUCUUGUAUGGUGCAGGAAACCACAUUGUGAGAAUUGAGGAUGAAAGAAAUGAAAUGGAGGAGCUAAAAAGCCGAGCUGAAGCUGCUGAUGUUGCCAAAUCACAGUUUCUGGCUACAGUAUCACAUGAAAUCAGAACUCCAAUGAACGGCGUCCUGGGAAUGCUUGCCUUGCUGCUGGAUACUGAUCUUAGCUCGACUCAGAGAGACUAUGCUCAAACAGCACAAGCUUGUGGAAAGGCACUGAUAACCUUGAUAAACGAGGUGCUAGACCGAGCCAAAAUCGAAGCUGGAAAGUUAGACCUGGAAACUGUCCCAUUCGACCUUCGAUCUGUAGUAGAUGAUGUCCUUUCUUUAUUCUCAGAGAAGUCUAGGAACAAAGGCAUAGAGUUGGCUGUGUUUGUUUCAGAUAACGUUCCAGAGUUAGUUGUUGGCGAUCCUGGGAGAUUCAGACAGGUCAUUACAAAUCUUGUUGGGAACUCUGUGAAGUUCACUGAACGAGGACAUAUAUUCCUCAGAGUUCAUCUAGAGGAGCAUGCCAAGGCUGUCACAGACUCAAAAGCCAACAUCAGUAGUACUUUGAAUGACGAAGAAUCCGACGAAAGCAUGCUCUUGUCUGGCUCUCAACAAUCCACAACCUUAAGUGGUUCAGAGGCUGCCGACGAGUGGGACAGUUGGGACACAUUCAAGUACUUUGUCGCCGAAGAAGGGUUCACAAUGAAUGGUUCAUCAAAUGGAGGAACAUCUUAUGAAGAAGCAACUGGGAAUGUCAUUACUUUGAGAGUUUGCGUGGAAGACACCGGCAUUGGAAUCCCUUUGACGGCCCAGGACCGUGUUUUCAUGCCAUUCAUGCAGGCAGACAGUUCAACGUCGAGAACCUAUGGAGGAACGGGGAUUGGUUUAAGUAUCAGCAAGUGUUUGGUUGAACUAAUGGGUGGGCAGAUCAAGUUUGUCAGCCGCCCUCAUGUUGGGAGUACCUUCACGUUCACAGCGGUUCUAGGGAGGUGUGAGAAAAAUGCUGUCAACAAGACGGAGAAAAAACGAAAUGCCGAAGACCUGCCUUCUAGCUUUAAAGGACUGAAGGUAGUGAUAGUAGAUGCUAAACCGGUGAGGGCUGCGGUUACCCGGUACCACCUGAAGAGGCUUGGCAUUGUAGUUGAAGUUGCUAGUAGCGUCAAGGUGGCAGCUAAUACGCUUGCGCCUGGAAAGAGCAGUCAGCCAGACAUAGUUCUUGUGGAGAAAGACACAUGGUUCUCUGGGGAGGAACGCUGUUCACCAGUAUGGCCUGUAGAUCGGGAACAGAAUGGACAUAUUAGUACCCAAAAGUUGCCGAAGAUGAUCCUGAUCGCUACGAAUAUCAGCAAAUCGGAAGUGGAGAGAGCUAAAGAAGCAGGAUUUGAAGACACUGUGAUAAUGAAGCCCUUGAGAGCUAGCAUGGUGGCUGCAUGUCUUCAGCAAGUUCUUGGAACGGGAAGGAAGAAGUCACAAGGCAAAGGAUCAUCUAGUUACCUUCAGAGUCUACUGUGUGGCAAGAAGAUUCUAGUGGUUGAUGACAACAGAGUGAACCGGAGAGUUGCUGCUGGUGCAUUGAAGAAGUUUGGGGCAAAUGUAGAAUGUGCCGAUAGUGGCAAAGCUGCUCUUGAGUUGCUUCAAAUACCGCAUGGGUUCGAUGCUUGCUUCAUGGACAUUCAGAUGCCUGAAAUGGAUGGGUUUGAGGCAACACGACGGAUAAGGCAGAUGGAGAAGCAAGCGAAUGAGCAGCUGGAAGCUGAAGGUUCGAUAGCAGAAGAAGGGAAAGAUGGUUGGCAUUUACCGGUAUUAGCCAUGACGGCUGAUGUGAUACAUGCGACGUAUGACGAGUGCGUGAAAAGUGGGAUGGAUGGAUAUGUGUCGAAACCAUUCGAGGAGCAGAAUCUGUAUCAGGCAGUUGCCAAGUUCUUCCAAGACAAGCCCAUUUCUGGGUCAUAAUCAGUCAACCGAGAGCUGCAAAGAGGAGGAAGCGAUUUUAGGUUUUGAUGAUUCUUUUGACGGGUAAUGUCGAUGUAUUGCCUUGCUAACCGAUUUCAGAUUAGGCCUUGAUAUGUAGGAAUACGUUGAUCAAUGUAGUGCAGGAAAUGCUAUGUCCACACCUUCUCAUCUCAUCUCAUCUCAUUUCCUCAGCUGUCAUGUUUGUAUAGCAUCCUUGGAAUGUGAGGGGGACUUGGACGCCCCCAUCUAAAAACAAGACAAGGAAAAGUGUAAAUCUUUUUGUCUCUGUUGAUGUUCUUGUUAAUGGGUUUUUGUUUGAUACUACUUUUCAUGUGCCUUUCGUAGACAAUUUAGCAGAUUUUGAUGGCCAAAUUUGUCUGUGAGGUACUUGGUUCUGGUGUUUUCUGCUUCUGCAGAAUGCUAACCUGUGUUCUCUGCUUCUUCGUGUAAAACAGCAAAGACCCCAUAACUCAAGAGCUCAAAUGGCUACUAACCCAAACCUAAUGUGUACAAAGAUAACCCUAGUUGGGGACCUAUGGAUGUGAUAUUAUAAUCUUGACCACAUGGUUCACCAAAAUCAAAUCAAAGGUUGAUUCUUUUGAGAGAUCUCGAGAUAAGAAGAGUAUCAGUAUCAUAUAUUUGAGAGAAUAAAUGUGCAUUUUUCAACUAGAAUAAUGAUGGCUGUUGUUCAUAUUUUAUAUGCAAUUCUUUUGGUGCUAGUGGGAGAAGCAUGCAUGGGAGAGGACUGAGGAGACUUCUGUGGUCAUAUGCUGUGCAACACAAAACAUUACCAGAAGCCAGCGCAACCAUUCUUUCUUUCUUUUCUUCUUACCUCUAACAAUAGAAUAGAAAUGGAUGGUCCAAUGAUCUUCACAUGAUAUCAUGUUACUAUUUCCCCUUUUAUUCUCCUUCUCCUCCUUCUUUCUAAUUAAUUGAGCCAUGUGCAAGCUCAAUUUGAUAGAUUGUCACAGAAUAUUGAUGUUUAUAUAAGUGCAACCCUUUUUUGAGUUUUCGAUAUGUAGAACAUGUUACAAGAGUUUUUUAUUUUGGUUUAUUGUUGACUAUGACACAUAUACCUUUCUUUAGUCGAAGUUUAUAUAGGCUUUACAUCUUUGUCGAUGUUAACCAUCAUAUUGAAGUCACAAAGGUUCGAACAUAAAGCUUGUUGAUUACAUAUCUAGAGUUCCGAAACAAUUAAUCUGAACCAACUCUAGAGAGAAAUCCAAAAAUAAGUUUUUUUUUUGGAUACCGGUGAUAUAGGUUUACUUUUUUGUAAUUAAAGUACUAUUUAAGAGAUUCAAACUUGAGAUCUCCAGAUUCUAGACUAUUCGCAUUAUCACUAAAAACUAAAAAUAAGUUACAAUUAUGAUUUUACGGCUGUUAAUGUUAUUGUUGGAAAAGUUGUAGCAAACUAGCAAUGAUUGUCGUAAGCAUUAUAGUUUGUUAAUGCAGAAGGGCAAGUUGGAAGUUGGAACCGUUGAAGCUAGGUUUGUUAUGCAUAACAAUAUAAAAUUGUACAGAAUAA